AUGAUCUUCAUAUCCAUCUAUUAUACGCCUUUGCAUUUGGCAUUGAAUAGACCUCAUACGGUAUCAUUCUUACUAGUACCUUAUCUUUUCUUUUAUUUUCUAUACCACAAUGACAAUCAUUUCUAUCGGUCGGCUUGGGUAUCCGACCUGUCUUCUGGAUACAAGGAUCCGGUUUUGGUGGAUUCUGGAUACAAGAAUCCAAACUCAAUACGUAAUUUGAGGAUUUACAAAGUAUUCUUCAAUAAUCUUUUGUUUAAACUAUUUUAUCCCGUUGUUGUUCCAAGUUCAAUCGUACUAAGAGUAAUGAACAUUUAUCUGUUUCGAUCUAACAAUAAAUUGUUCUUCUUAAUAAGUAGUUUUGUUGGGUGGUUAAUUGGUCACAUCUUUUUGAUGAAAUGUAUUGGAUUGGUAUUAGUCGGGUUAAAGCAAAAAAAUUCGAUCAAAUCUAAGAUAACUAUGAGAUUUGAUAAAUACACUCUCCUACAAUUGCGAAAUUAUACGGCGCAAAUGUUUGGAGCUUUUGCAUUUUUCUUCUUUGCACUCUAUUUAGGCAACUCACCGUCCCCGUAUUAUUAUGGUGCCGAAAUGGGAGACUACGACGAAAACCGGGAGGAGGAAAUCCAAGCUGCAAUAGAUGCAGACGAAACUAACCAAGAAGAUAUUACUGUUUAUCUUUCUCAGAAUGAGAAAAAAGAGACGACUUCCAACAACAUAAAUAUUGACAAAAAUAAAAAACUGGCCCCGUUGGAAAAAUCUCUUGUAACGACUCUUUUCGAUUAUAAUCGAUGGAGUAGGCCUUUGCGAUAUAUAGAAAAUCAUAAGUUUAACAGGAUUGAAAAAGAUGAAAAUUCACAAUUUUUCUUUCAAACAUGCGAAAGUGAUGGAAAAAAACGAAUAUCUUUCACGUAUCCACCUCAUUUAUCUACUUUUCAGAAACUCCUGGAA